GGCAAAAAAACUUGAACUCUUCUGACGGGGAUAACUAGUAGGGUAGCCCGGAGCGAUCCUAAAUGAGUCUACCUCUUGUAGUUAUUCGCUAUCUUUUUACGCGCCUCUGUGGAGUAAUUUAACACCGAUAACAGCGGGGCUUUUGAAGAGGUAGGACCCUCCAGGGACAGUUGGGAUAAAACUGCUGAAAAGUUUCCAUAUUCAACUCGCUAUGUAAAUAAUGUUGACGGGAGACGCACCAGUGACCGCUCUGUUUCAUUUUCUUUUGGACUGCUGAAAAUUUAAGAUUACCUGAGAGAAAUUUCACUCCUGCCUUAUCAGGAUUUUGCGUUUUUUACUUCUUAAUCGCCGUAUUAGUAUUUUUUUUUUCUUUUUAUGGCGUGAAUUAAUGUGCUGUUGCUCAAAUGAAACCGGACGUUUGAAAGUAGUUCAAUCACCUGUUGCUGCUCCAGUCACCUUUUUCGCUUUACCUACAAACAGAUACAUGAGGGAGUGGCAGAUUCACAAAGGACCAGAGAAGACAUUUCUACAUUCCUGUUCUGUCUUGCUUUGCGCAGUCAGGCUCCCACUGAAUCUUGUAGAUCACACUCACACAUUAAAUAGGAGGCCAGCUGCUAAUUAACAGGUACUGUGUAUAUGUUUACAAGCUCUAAUGGUAGCAGCUAGAAAACAACCCCUAUAAGAGGAUAGAAGCACCUCACCAUGACAGAGGUUCAGAGUCCAUGGCCGCAGGGCACAGAGUGUGUGGCCCGGUACAACUUCAAAGGCACAUCAGAGCAGGACCUUCCAUUUAGCAAAGGAGACGUGCUGACGAUCAUUGUUGUCACAAAGGAUCCAAACUGGUACAAAGCUAAAAACGCUUCAGGUCGUGAGGGAACAAUUCCAGCCAAUUAUGUGCAGAAAAGAGAGGGUGUGAAAUCUGGCGGAAAGCUGAGUCUCAUGCCAUGGUUUCAUGGGAAGAUAACUCGGGAUCAGGCAGAGCGACUACUUUACCCCCCUGAGACAGGCCUGUUUUUGGUCAGAGAGAGCACCAACUUCCCUGGCGACUACACUCUCUGUGUUAGCUGCGAUGGGAAAGUGGAGCAUUACCGCAUCAUCUACAAACACGGCAAGCUCUCCAUAGAUGACGAGGUCUUUUUUGAGAACCUGAUGCAGCUGGUUGAGCACUACACCAAAGAUGCUGAUGGCCUCUGUACCAAACUAAUAAAGCCAAAGUUGGAGGAGGGAACAGUAGCGGCUCAGGAUGAGUUCUCCAGGAGCGGCUGGGCAAUGAACAGACAGGACCUGAAACUGCAGCAGGUUAUUGGAAAAGGAGAAUUUGGAGAUGUCAUGGUGGGAGAACACAAAGGGACUAAAGUUGCUGUGAAGUGCAUAAAAAAUGAUGCUACAGCACAAGCCUUCAUCGCAGAGGCCUCUGUUAUGACGCAACUACGGCACAAUAACCUGGUGCAGCUGCUUGGAGUGAUUGUAGAGGAGAAUGGAAGUCUUUUUAUAGUUACUGAGUAUAUGGCCAAGGGAUGUUUGGUUGACUACUUACGUUCCAGAGGCCGUACAGUACUUGGUGGAGAUGCACUCCUUCAUUUUACUUUAGAUGUCUGUGAAGCCAUGGCAUAUCUGGAGGUUAACAACUUUGUGCACCGAGACUUAGCAGCCCGAAAUGUUCUUGUGUCAGAGGACAACAUUGCCAAAGUCAGUGACUUUGGUUUGACCAAAGAGGCUUCUUCCACUGAGGAUACAGCUAAACUGCCUGUGAAGUGGACAGCACCAGAAGCCCUCAGAGAAAAGAAAUUUUCCACCAAGUCAGAUGUUUGGAGCUAUGGUAUUUUGCUUUGGGAGAUUUACUCUUUUGGCCGUGUCCCUUAUCCAAGAAUAGCAUUGAAAGACGUAGUGCCGCGCGUGGAAAAGGGUUACAAAAUGGACUGUCCAGACGGCUGUCCUGAGGUCGUGUAUAACAUCAUGAAACAGUGCUGGAACCUGGAUCCUGCUGCUCGACCAAGCUUUCAGAUGUUGAAGGAGUGGCUACAACACAUCAGUCACAGAAAGUGAUUUUCCUCUUCUUUUCUUUUGAUCACGUGGAACAUAACCUAGGAUAAAAUAAAAUUUGUAUGUUAAAUAUUAUUUUAAGUCCGCAAAUUGUGGCUUCUUUGACUGGAAAGUAAAGCUGUCAAAAUAUUUGUUUUUAAAUGGUGCCCCUUGUAAGAAUGUUCAAACAGCAGUAACUCUUAAUGGCUCAGUUGUGUAGUUGAGGUUUGUUAUCAGUAGUUACUGAUUAACUGUCAAAUCCUCAAGUCUCUACUUGCCAAAGUGCCUUUCCAUGUUAUCAUGUCCCUUAUGAUAUUUUCUAUGGUCAUAUCGGUGGUCUCCUUCAAGUUUCUGGACAUAUCAAAAGAAGAUAAUUUCAUUCAGCUGGUGAAACAAUGGUGUCUGCUUUAUUUUUUUCUUCUUUUUUUUUACAGUUUCAAGGUACAUUUUUGCAUGGAUGUUGAAUUAUUUUGUCAAAAUGGACUAAAUAACUAUUGUUAUGCAGCUUUAUUUGUUAUUGUUGGAUAAAAUAGACCUCUUGUCCCUUUAUUAUUAUAAAAGAAAGGACAUGUAUUGAUAUGACAGCAUUCUAAGCAGUUUUAUAAAUGGCAUUUUUGUUUUGAAAAUGUUCAUUCUGACAUCAGUUAUUUUACUGUGUGAAUAUUUGUGUUUAAUCAAACUGUCUGGAUUUUGGAUGUCAGAUGUAUUGUGCUGUUGUCAACAAUAAAAAUGUCUAUUUA